CAGCAAUAAGGAUAAGGGCCAGUUCUGGCCAUUGUAAUUCCAGAGACGGAGGUCAUGGCCAUUAUUAACAGUUUUCCGCCUUCCCCAAACUUCAUUUCUGAACCUACAAUUACAAACAACGUGGCAGCAAAGAACAUCAGCGUACGCCGGUGCAGUCUGUCGGGCACAAUCCCGUACUUGAGCAAUAAACGAAAUAUCGUAUUGCCAGCGGUGGCUUCAAUUUCUUGUCCACAUAUAGACGUGGACUUGGAAAGUGAAUUGCGAGCACGCGGAGUCACCUUUUCAGGUAUUGGCGAUAGUUGUGUAGUGAGGAUGGCACUUGAGAAUGGAAAUGCUGCCAACUUGAUGCUCCCCAGUGGCUUAAUCACUUCAUUCAAGGCUCAGAUGUGGCAUGGUGGCACAAUGGAGUUGCUGCAUACCUCCGUCUCUCCAAGGGAGAAUGCCAGCGCCGGUGCUCUCGUUCAAGGAGGACUCUCUUUAUCCUUGGGCUGUCAGAAUGAUGACGGACUCUCAUGGUCUCCAAAUGCUUGGGCUCUUCAUCAAGUGAAUGGAAGUCCUCAGGAUUCUAUUCAGGUAGAACUGAUCAGCAGAAACGAAGAAAGCCUUGCUCAAGUAAAGCAUAUCAUAACUCUUGGACGAGAUCUUUUAACCUCAGAGAUUCUAGUCUCUAACUCAAGCACUGCAUCCCUCCAUCUAAUGGGCUCAAUCACAUGCCAUCUGGCAGUGAGCACCCCAAAUGCAACUUAUGCAGUGGGAUUAGAGGGCUCAGGUUUCUUUAUCAGGCCACCGUUUGUGGCAGAUUUCAAUAUUAUCCCUCAUGAAUUUGCCAAGAAAACCAAUCAAGAUCCAAGAAAAUUCUGGGCACUGAACAAACUAUUUUCCAAAUGGGAUGCAAGAAAGUGGAAUGUCGAUGAUGAUGUAGAGAGCUUGAUGAGAGACGUAAAAGAGGAAUUGAAGGGUGAAGAGCAAGAUAACUACAAGCAUUUGACUCAAAAAUUAAGCAGGAUUUACACUUGCGCCCCUCGAGAUUUGACCGUCAUUGACCGGGGUAGGAGAAAUUCAGUGACAGUGACGAGAAAUGGGUUUAAAGAACUGUAUAUGUUCAGUCCAGGAUCAGAACAUGAAUGGUAUGACAAGUACUCCUUUAUCUGCAUAGGCCACGCAGCCCUGCUUGAACCAUUGAUUUUGAAUGCUCAAAGUGAAUGGAGAGGAGGACUGCAGUUGUGGAAUCCCAAUUCCUAAAUUAGGUAGCACCAGAAUUCUUGCAUGUUUCAGCUGCUUAAAGGUAAACAAACAAAUUCAUAUUUGCUUAAAACCAUUAUGCCUUUCAUUGACAAAAGUUUAUAUGAGAUUCUUACUAGAAUUAAAUGCAA